AGGACUUCCGAAUGGUCAAUCGGAGCUGAAAGUUGGAUCCAUGCUGUGCCCAUUUUCGUAGAUAUAUAAGAGAGGAAGACAUCCUUCGUUGUCCUCUUUCUCCUCACCAGCGCCUUCGAAAAUCCCAAAGCACAGAUAAGAGAAGAUCGACUUCAUCAUCAGCUCCGUAUAUCAAUCCCAGAUACCACCAGGUUCUCUAUGUCUACCAUUGUUACCACCGCCCCUUCUACCCAGACAAUGUCUCUCCAGGCACUUCCUCAGCAGGGCACCUCCGACGAUGAGCUCCUCAAGCUAUUCCGCCAAGUGACCAUCAACAGCGCCGAUGGCCAUGAUGUUUCGGAGUCGCAAAUCAAGAGGGCCUUCCAGCAGGAGAUCAGUCGGCCCCUGGGCCGACAGGUGCUGGAGGCAUCGUUGUUGCACAGCAACGGAUGCUCCUGCUACCACUGGAACUACCACGACCGGAUCAGCGGGAGAGUCACCAUCUCCCGUGUUGAACUGUCCUUCGACCUGAUCUCCAAGAGCAUGGGACAGUCCGUGAAGGGCGACGCUGCUGGGUUCUUCCGGCCUAACAGCGCCAAUAUCAAUGCAACCAUCUACUAUGACGAUCAGCAGAACGUCCAGGGCAACCAGAGUAUCAAGAUCUAUAUGGAUGGAACUAAAUUCGUGAUCGACUUCUACACCACCGAUUCGUCCGAGAAGCCGGUUGCUCGUAUCGUCCAGCCAAACUCGUCCUUCACCUUCCAGAACACCAAUACCGGUGAUGCAAGCUGGUCCACCGACUAGAGGAGCCGAGAAACGAUCAGGACUCCUUGAACCUGGUGAGCUGGACAGCAGCAACAGCCCUUAUGAGUGAAUGUUGAUCGGUGCGGAUCAAGAUGGAAUAUCUUUUGUUUUUGCUUGCCUUGCUUUGCGCUGUGCUUCUUAGUCACUCAUUAUAGCUCUUUCCUAUGUGAAAUGCAGUUGAUCCG